CAGCUUUCAGCAUAUCCAGGCUUAUAUAAGAACACACAAGGCUCAUCCCUGCACCAUUACCUUGUUCGUCCUCCCACCCCUGCGGACUCCUCUCCCUUGCUUUCAGCAACGCUAGCUCAUAGUUGAAAGAUGGGUAUAUUGGUUAUCACGGUGGACCUGGAAUGCUGCCGCUGCAGAGCCAAGAUCACCAAGGUCCUGAACUGCCUCAAAGAGGAGUUUUGCAUCGAGAAGAUAGAGUUCGAAGACAAGAACAAGAAGGUAGUGGUGCGCGGGAAAUUCGACGCCGAGAAGCUCUGCAAGAAGGUCUGGUGCAAGGCCGGCAAGUUCGUCAAGGAGAUCGUCAUCGCCGAGGUCUGGCCGAUGCCACCGCCGCCCAAGCCCUGCAAACCUUGCAAGGAGGAGCCAAAGUCUGACCCUGGCAAGGCCGCCAAGCCUGUGAAAUGUGACUGUGACCAUUGCUGCAAGGUGAAGGCUGAGAAAUGUGAGCCUGAGUCUUGCAAGCCUAAGACUAAGCCUGAGCAAGAGAAAACCAAGCCUCCGACGGCGCCCAAGACAGAGUACAAGCUGGUGCCCUACCCGUACCCGUAUCCGCUGUCGUAUUACCCGGCGAUGUGCCCGAGCUGGCCGCGGCAGUGCCCGCCUCAGCAGCAGUGCCAGGGCUGCCAGAAGCCGCCGCCACCGCCACCGCCGUGCAGCUGUUCCAACCACGGCAGCUGCGGCUGCCACGGGACACCGCCAGCUUGGCCAACGCAGCCGCCGGUCUGGCCGCCGCCGUGGGGCAGCUCCUGCAAUAUCGUCACCGAGGACAACUCGUGCUCCGUCAUGUGAUCCAUUGCUGGCUGCUUAUCAUCUGUCGCUGAUGUGCUGUAUGCUAUACAGUUGGUACUUUUCCCCCUGUGUUUUUACUCGGCAAAUGAACCUCGGUGACCUGAAUAAUCCGACACUAUAGUUCGGUGCUAUUCAUGUUCGAUCUGUAUGUAGGUGAAGUUAUUGUGCUGGUUUGCCGCGCGCGCGAUCGAUUUGUUAUGCGCAAGUGUCAUCUUUAAUUUUGAUUUUGAAAUGUAACGUUGAUGUUUUUUAUACCGUAAUUGUGUAAGUCCCAGUGGCCAAUGCAACAAGAAUUUGCCGAGCUGUGGUGUAAAAUUUCAUAGAUGUCCCUGCAAAUUUCUGUCUCCCCCACAAAGUGUAUAUUAAUGAAUCAUAGGUCAAGGUCAA